AUGUCAGAACUCUCAGAUUUGUCACCGCGCAUAGUUUCGCAUCCUCCUAAUAGUCAAGUUCAUUCUCGUCUCCUUCUCGUAAAAGGAACCUGUGGAUCAAAUACAAAUGGUGAUAUUCAAAUUUCAUCUCAUCAUAAAAAUUUUCCAACACAAUCUUUUCCUGUUAGAAACGGACAAUUUAAAGCAUUAAUACAUUUAUCACCUGGUGAGAAUAAUAUUUCGAUGAGUUACUAUGAUGGUCAUCGUUUGUGGGUAUCAUCAUGGUCAGUAUGUUAUAUUCCACUUUUACAAAAUCCUCCUCUUCAUCUAUGCAUAAUCGUUGGAUUCGAUUCUCCACUUACUUAUGAUGAUGUUCCAGAUUGUCAAGAACCACCAACUUUAGAUACAGCGAUAAAAAAGUUAAGAUUAGCUGGAUAUUUAUGGCAAGCGUAUACUGGCUCUCAAAUGUCAUCAAAUGGGUUAGGUCAUCGAACAUUUCGAUUAAACGAAUCAUGGCAACGUGAUUCACUUAGUUUGGUAGAUCAAUCAUAUAGAAAUACAGCUACGAUUCAUGUAUUGAGAAGUAAAUAUACAAUUGCAGAAAUCCGUGAUCCAAAACGAGCACAACAGAAUCCAGACGCCGAAAAACGGAAUAGUCUCUUUGAUAUAGCAUUAGAAGCCAUUAAACCUGAAUUUUCAGGAGAAGGACACCACAUAGUAGCUUUAUUUUUGGACUCACAUUUUGAAAAUGGUCUUAUUACAGGACAUGCAGCAUUAGGAUCGGGAAGUGUCACUGCACAAUAUUCUCUCGCUAUAUUCGGUUCUCAUUCUCUCUUUUCUUGGUCAUCAUCUUUAGAAAAUGUUAUUUCAUGCUUUAUGGAUGAAAGAAGCGUUAAUACAAAUUACUGCGGUAUCGAUAUAGAAGGUAAUAAAUAUUGGAUUGCAUGUAAUGUUGGUAUCGGUGCGAUGAUGCAUGAACUAGGACAUUUAUUGGGCUGUCCACAUCAACGUAGUGGUGUCAUGAUGCGAGAUUAUAUUCGUUUAAAUCGAUCGUUUUGUGUUACUGAACCAGUUGGACCCCCGGCAUUGAACGGAGCUGAAUGUUCAUGGCAUCGACUUGAUCUAUUGCGUUUUCGCACGCAUCCAUGUUUUGCAUUGCCUAGCGAUCAAGUUUUUGAAGAAAACGAGAUAGACAUAUUUGGAAUUGAUCAAGGUAUUUUACUCAAGUCACCAAGUAAAAUAUUGCUAAUAGAAAUUUAUCUUGAAGACGAUGAGUUUCCAAAAUCAUGGAUAGAAUAUGUCGAGAAAUCACCUUCCGAAAUUAUUCUCUGUGAAGAUGAAUUGAGGAGUCGAGCUGAUGGAAAAGGAAAAAUUAAAAUCAAUGUUAUUGGUCUCAAUGGAAUGAGUACUACCAUUGAUGAUAUUGAAGAUUUACUACAAGUUCAACAAGUUUCAGGACUUGGAAAAGUAUGGAAAUCAGCUAAAUUAGGCUUACAAACAGGUUCUCCUUCAACAAUUCUAUUCCCCAUUGAUCCACUUGUGAAGAUACGAGUUCAUAGUGGUUUCUGUCUAGAUGGUCUUGAAUUCUUUACUAAACAAGAUUCAUUUCUCUUUGGAAAACGAAGCGGUUCACCGCAUGAUUUUACUAUGGAAUAUAAUGAAUUUAUUAGAGGUUUUGGUGUAAGAAGUGGCGCCUGGAUUGAUGCUCUUCAAAUUAUCACUAAUAAAAGACGUAGUAAAUGGUUUGGUAAUCUGAAUGGUGGAAGUCAAAAUGAAUUGAUAGUUCCGAACAAUGAUUAUAGAGUCUGUGGUGUUUAUGGUGAAGUACAAGAUUGGGUCAUGCAAAUUGGAUUGCACUAUUCGAUCUUGACAUAA